CGGUCUCAAUGUCACGGUGCGUCCAAGUGCCGGAAUGAAAUUCUUCAAGGCCGUGUCGGGGGUGGAAGUCAGCGGACACGAGGUCAAACUAUCGGACCGUGUAUUUAUGACCUUGAAAUUAGAUGCUGAGUACCAAGAUGACUUCGACAUAAAGGCGAAGUACUGCGCAGCCGGAAGUAUCAUUAUAAUUGACAACUUCUGCUCUAUUGAUCCGAGUCUUUUCCCGAACUUUUGGAGAAUGAGGCGGGGUUUUCUAAUCUCCGAGUUUGGAGCCUUUCGGGAGACAUCGUUACAAGGUGGUGUAGUCACAAUGAACUUCACAUGUGUUCUGGAACUGUGCAAAGAUUACUGCAACCCGUCAUUAUGUGGUGAUGUGUACGAUGGGUGGGGUAGAAAAAGACGGGGAACAAAAGAAGCAGGAAGUCAUCUGGGAUACAUUAUUACUUCUGGUUCAUCACGUGAGUACCAGCGCAGCCGGAAGAAGAGACAAUCAAGACGCAGAGAUGACGAUAUCAACGUCGGGGCAAGAAUUGAUAUCGUGGACAAAUACUCCAGGAUAAAGGUUAUAACCAAUGAUGAUUUCUGCUGGCAGAUCUCCUCCUUCGUUUUCCUUAACGUUGGGCUCGGGCUCUGUUUGUUGGCUACCUCUGGCGGAUGCAUGUACCUGAGCUUCCGCAUAUCAGUUUACAAGAACAUCAUCCAGAACCUCAAAGCCAGUAUGAAUGGAUUUUCGGCACGUGAUGUGUUGGAUCUAAAACGAGGUCAUAGCAUUCGGGGGAAUACAUGUUGA